AAGUGAAAGUAUUUGGAGCAGAUCGUGCAGGAAGCUGAAGACAGUGCUUGCUGCCUUCCUCCAUCUCCGUCCAGACACUUGUGAGCAGAUGUGCUGGCCAACUCUCGUUCAUCCUGUCCGAUCACCAUGAUGUCACCAAUGUAACUGAUCGGUGUGAUGUUCUGUGGGAUGUCCAGGUGAUCCAGAUCUCUUCUAUUUUAUGACAAAGGACAGGUGCCACACUUGAGAGAUCAAUCAAUUGGUAGACAUUCUCCUCAGAGCUCCGGGGAGGCACAAAGGGAGUAAACGUCUGCUCAAGGUUGAUCCUGGGCCAGCUCCAUGACCCAGUGGGGCUGGCAGUGGAAGAUGGCGAGUGGAGGCAGCCAGCUCAGCCGCAGGAUGUUCACAGGGAACCAGAACCUAGAAGACCAAACCCCAGAGGAGCAGGCUUUCUAUGAGUUUAUUUUUACGUUCUUCAAAGAGAAUAAGGUGGAGAUUGCAAGUGCAAUAAAUAAGACAUUUCCUCUCCUUAUGGGCCUCCGAGACCUUGGCUUUAUCUCUGAGCAAAAGUAUGAAAAUUUUGAAGAAGCUUGUAGUAAUCAGGUCCCAGUGGAAGAAGUGGUCUAUCAGGUGCUCAGUGAACUGGAGAAGACAUUUGACAAGACAGUUCUGGAUGCACUGUUCAGCAACACAAACCUAAAGGCCUAUCCUGACUUACUUGAGAUCUGCAGAAGCUUCCAAAAUGUGAUUUAUGACAACUUCCAUUAUGAAGCCAUUGAUGAAGAAGAGACAAAGGAAAUGCUCCACUUACAAGUACCUCACCAGUUAGAGUCCUGUGAACACUCACCUCCCCAAAUGAAUAAUGUCAGAGCACUGGAAGAGACAUCCAGCUUACUGCCUAAUGAGGGGCAAGCGUCUUGCAAACGUGCGGCUCCACAAAGGGAUGACGGAGGAGAAUCAGAAGAGAUGCCCGGAUUACUACCUUACGAUAAAGAAGUGACCUAUGAUCCCAGAGUUUCCCCAGUGACUAAUGAAGGAGAACUAGAGGAGAUGCCCAGUCAGCCAGCAGAAGAGGGACAAGCUCCCCAGAUGAUCAGUGAAGGAGAACCAGUGGACGUGCCCAGGCAACUGCUAUGUGACGGGGAAGCAGAAGGUAACAGUGCCUGUUUAGAAAUGUGUGAUGAAGAAGAACCUCAGGAAGACUUGAACUCACUACCAGAAAGUGAAUCAGUAUCUGGAAAACUAGAAACUCUCCAAAUGAAUAGAGAGGAAGAAUCAGAAGAAUCAGAAGAGCUUAGUUCCAGACUACUACUCUGUGAUGGAGAAGAAGCUGAGCUACCAGCAGAUGGAAAUGAAAAGUGUUCCUGUGUUAUGUGCUUUUCAAAAGAUGUGCCGGAAGGUCCUGAAAGUAGCCAAACAUGUGACAUGAUGGAUACUGUGGAUCUUGAAAACACCUCUUCUUCGGGAAGACUCAAGAGGAAGAGAAGAAAAAAGAAAGGACAUGCCUGGACAAGGAUUAAAAGAAGAUAUCAGAGAAGAGUAAAUCAAAAAGAAAGAAGCGACACUGAUGACCAGUUGGUCUCCAGUGAGAGAAAAGUGAAAAAGCGUCUGCAAGGAAGUGCCAAGAUCAGGGGGAAAAGGAGAGGCAGAACUCAUAGUGAAAGGGCCCCACAGAAAAGAUUCCAGUCAAGAGGGUCAAGAAGGUGCAGAGAUGAUAGUGUGAAUUUUCACUCUCAAAUACUUCCUGUGGCCUGUGGUAAGGUGAAGGGGAUGUUAUAUAAGAAGAGACUGAAACAAGGAGUCUUGGUGAAGUGUAUACAGAGUGAGGAUGGAAGAUGGUUCACCCCCAAGCAAUUUGAAGCUGAAGGAGGCCACAAAAGAUCAAAGAACUGGAAGCUGAGUGUGCGUUGUGGUGGGAGGCCCCUACGAUGGCUAAUGGAGAAAGGACUUCUACAUAAUCCUCCAAGAAAAUAUUUCGGGAGAAGAAAGAAAAUACCAAAGCCUCAUGACAAUAUCUUGGCUGACCCUCAUCUGGGAAACUCCAACAUGUGUGAGAUGUGCCGGAGUGGAGGAAUGCUGUUCUGCUGUGAUACUUGUUCGAGAUCUUUUCAUAAACACUGUCACAUCCCACCUGUGGAAACUGAGAGGAGCCCAUGGAGUUGCACCAUCUGCAGGAUGGAGUCUUUUGGAAGGCAGCCAUGUCACGGGGAAUCUGAGGCCCUGGAGAGACAGAUGCAGCCUGAGGAGCAGUUGAAAUGUGAGUUCCUCCUCUUGAAGGUUUAUUGCCAUUCAGAGAGCUCAUUUUUUUCGAAGAUCCCAUAUUAUUACUAUAUUAGAGAGGUUUCUCAAAACCUGAAGGAACCCAUGUGGUUGGACAAAAUCAAGAAGAAGUUGAAUAAACAGGGUUAUCGCCAAGUAGGGGAGUUCGUGCAGGACAUGCGUCUCAUCUUUCAGAACCACAGGGUGUCUUACAAGUACAAUGACUUUGGCCUAAUGGGACUUAGACUGGAAGAAAAAUUCGAGAGGAAAUUCAAGGAAGUGUUUGCUAUUGAAGAAACAAAUGAGAGCAGUUCACGGGCAUAGUAGAGGGUGUUGGUAUCCUGGAAAAUUCCCUUUUGGGGCAGAAAUUUCAUCUCCCAUCCGCUGUGAGGAUUGGCUGUGGAUGCCACCCCUCCCCAAAAUAUCAUGUUCUGCCAAUGCCAGCUUCAUCUGGAGUUAACACCUCUUGGACCUGGGAGCUGGCCCCCAGCCCCAAGGUGGGACCAAUGUGUGGUGUGAUUCAUGCUCAUGCACUCCCCAGAAGAUCAAGCUAGAGCUAGCCUCUAGCUGGAACCACAUCCAUGCUUGGUUUUUCCCACCAUGCCAUCCUUCUUCCCUCUCCUUUCUUCUCCUGAAAAACACCCUCUACUAUGCCUUCUCAUAAUAAAUCACUUACUAAAGAGA